CUGAGACGCCCGGGGUGCGCACCGGCUCCUGCGAGAAGAGAGAGAGUUUUUUUUAAAAGUAUACAUUUUUACGUUAAACAGUUAUUCCUGUCAUAAAUUAGGUGUUUAAAAGCAUUAAUGUGUGCGAGUAUGAGGCAGGUGUUGGUGUUGGUGCUGUGCGCGGUGCUGUGUGAGUCCAAGUCGGUGAGGAAUAAACGGGGGCAGCACGAGCUGGAGAUCCCGACGGACCAGCUGGCAUACAAGCGCCAAGCUGGCUGUACGGCGAAUGGGCGUUUAUACCAAGUCAACGACCAAUGGGAACGACCCUACAUAGGCAGCACGCUACUGUGCACAUGCAGAGAAUCGGGCAACAUCCAGUGUGAAUCCAAACCUGCAGGUGAAGAGACGUGCUUCGAUAAAGUCAAUGCCCGGUCGUACCGCAUAGGCGAGACGUACGAACGGCCAAAGAACGGGAUGAUCUGGGACUGCACCUGCAUCGGCUCGGGUCGAGGCAGAAUCAGCUGCACCAUCGCAAAUCGCUGCCAUGAAGGAGGCCGCUCUUACCGAAUCGGUGAAACCUGGACUCGACCCCACGACACAGGCGACUACAUACUCGAGUGUGUGUGUCUCGGAAACGGAAAGGGCGAGUGGACCUGCAAACCCACCGCUGAGCGCUGCUACGACACAUCACUGGGCACAUCGUAUGUGGUGGGGCAGACGUGGGAGAAACCCUAUCAGGGCUGGAUGAUCGUCGACUGCACGUGUCUGGGUGAAGGCAGCGGACGCAUCACCUGCACCUCCAGGAACCGCUGUAACGACCAGGACAAGAAGAAGUCGUACCGUAUCGGCGAGACGUGGACCAAAGCGGACUCAAAAGGCCGCACGCAGCAGUGCGUGUGUACAGGAAACGGGCGCGGUGAAUGGAAGUGCGAGAGUCAGUUGUCUGUGCAGACCGCCCUUGGUGAGUGCGAUACAGGUUCAGGCUCAGGAUCUUCUCAGGUCAGACCCACCACUGAGCAGGUGUCCAUUCAGAUCGAGGCUCCUGAGGCUGGCGCGUGUCAAACCCAAUCUGGCAUCAUCUACUACAACGGCAUGCACUGGGUCCAAACACAGGGCAGCCAGCAGAUGGUUUGUACCUGCAUUAACGGAGGCAUCAGCUGCGAAGAAUGGGCCGGGCAGGCUCAUGUGUACGGCGGAAACUCCAACGGGCAGCCGUGUGUGUUCCCUUUCGUGUUUGAUAGAAAAACAUACUACUCUUGCAUCUCUGAAGGCCGAACUGAUGGGCAGCUGUGGUGCAGCACCACCUCCAACUACGACGCAGAUCAGCAGUACUCUUUUUGUACUCAGAGGAACUUGAUAGUGAUAACUCGGGGUGGAAACUCUAAUGGCGCGCUAUGCCAGUUUCCCUUCCUGUACAACGGCCGUAAUUACACAGACUGCACAGGCGACGGCCGACGCGAUGGGAUGAAGUGGUGUGGCACUACAGCAAGCUACGAUGAUGACCGACGCUACGGAUUCUGUCCCAUGGCAGCUCAUGAGGAAAUCUGCACAGUAAAUGAUGUGAUGUACCGUGUGGGGGAUGAGUGGGACAAGCGGCAUGACACCUUGGGUCACUUGAUGCGCUGCAGGUGUCUUGGUAACGGCCGGGGCGAGUGGAGUUGCAUCGCCCACUCACAGCUUCUAGAUCAGUGUAUUGUAGACGGACUCACGUAUGAAGUGGGCCAGAAAUUUGACAAACGCCACAACGAGGGCUACCUGAUGAACUGUACAUGCUUCGGACAGGGCCGCGGGCGCUGGAAAUGCGACGCUAUCGAUCAGUGCCAAGAAGCCGAGACGAAAGUGUUUUAUCAGAUCGGUGAAACUUGGGAUAAAGUGAGCCAUGGCGUCCAAUAUCGGUGUACCUGUUAUGGAAACGCUAUCGGAGAACACGCCUGCGAGCCUCUUCAGUCCAGGGUUCCAGUACGCGUGACCAUCACAGAGGCAGGAAACCAGCCCAACUCACACCCCAUCCAGUGGAACCCACCAGCGUCAGUCCGCAUUACUCAGUACAUCCUCAAGUGGAGAGUGAAAAACACACGGACUCCGUGGCAGGAGGUCAUUAUUCCUGGUCACAUCAACUCCUACACCCUCUCAGGCCUUAAACCGGGGCUUACCUACGAGGGUCAGCUGAUUAGCAUCCUGAACUACGGUCAGAAAGAGGUGACCAGAUUCGACUUUACCACGUCCUCCGGCUCGCUGGUUCCUACGGAAGGCGUGACCACUCAGCCCGUUCGAGUGGUGGACACGUCUGAAUCCAUCACCGAGAUCACAUCCAACAGUUUCGUCGUUUCCUGGACGUCGGCGUCUGACACCAUCUCCGGAUUCAGAGUGCAGUACGAACUCUCUGAGGCAGGAGCCAAGCCCGAAGUGAUCGACCUCCCGCGCACGGCCACAUCAGUGAACAUUGAUGACCUCCUGCCAGGCCGAACGUACCAGGUUCAGGUUUAUGAAGUCGAGCCAGAAGGAGAACAAAACCUCAUCCUGACCACCACUCAGACCACCGCUCCUGAUACUCCGACCGAUCACAGAGUUACGGAUGUUGGCGAAAGGUCCAUCGUGAUCUCCUGGACCAAACCAGAGGCACCGAUCACUGGUUACCGUGUGGUGUACACCCCAUCCAUUGAAGGCAGCAGCACUGAGCUCACCCUGCCUGAGACGGUGACCUCUUGGACCCUGGUUGACCUCCGGCCCGGACAGUCAUAUAAUGUGAGCAUUUUCGCCGUGAAGGGAAACCUGGAGAGUAAACCGGUGGUGCUGCAAGUCUACACCGCCGGAGAGUCGCAUCCCGAGCAUGUCCAGGCACCGACCGAGCUGCAGUUCUAUGAGGUCACUGAUGUGAAGAUCACGAUCACAUGGACCGGACCACCCAGCGAGGUGUCAGGCUACCGCGUGACCUAUGAACCCGUGAGUUCGGACGACCGCACGACACAGAAGCCACUCCAGCUCCCCACCACGCCCAACGCCUAUGCUGAGAUCACACACCUGCAGCCCGGCACCUUGUACCGCUUCUACAUCCACACUGUCUUCGGUACAACUGAGAGCGAGCCGCUGGUGGGCGAGAAGUCAACUCUUCCUGACGCUCCUACAGACCUGCGCUUCCCAGAAGUUACAGAAGACACUGUUCUAGUGGUGUGGUCCGCUCCACAGGCCCAAAUCACCGGUUAUCGCAUCUUCGUAACCGCAGAGGACUCCACUCCUGAGAAGCAGCUACGGGUCCGGCCCGAGGAGACCCAGUUCACCAUCGAGAAUCUGCGGCCGGACACGGUGUACACCAUCACGGUGCACUCGGAGCAGGGCAACACGCUGAGCGAGGGCAACUCUGCAACAGUCACCACCUCUGUGCCAUUCGGUAACGCCCCCCGUGUCACCACGGACAUCACAGACACAUCCAUCAUCAUCUCCUGGACCCCUGUUCCUCGCUUCAGCUACAGGUUGUCAGUGAAGCCCAGUCAGGGCGGUGAGGCUCCCAGGGUCGUGACCUCUGGCUCAGGAAGUAUCUACAUCUCAGGCCUGACCCCCGGAGUGGAGUACACAUACAGCCUGCAGCCCAUCUUCAACGGCAAGAAGCAGGGCAGCCCCAUCACGCGCAACGUCGUUACACCGUUGUCUCCACCGAGUCAGCUGAACCUGGUGUCCAACCCCGACACGGGCAACCUCAACGUGCGCUGGCGUGACAGCACCACUCCCGACAUCACGGGUUACCGGGUGACGUGCACGCCUACCUCUGGGCAGCGUGGGGAUUCUCUGGAGGAGCUUGUGCGAGGCGGGGAGACUUCAUGCACGCUGGAGAACCUGAUCCCUGGUGUUGAGUACAACGUCAGUGUUUACACUGUUAAAAACGACCUGGAGAGCGAACCCGUCUCCUCCGUGAUCACACAAGACGUGCCGAAGGUGAAAGACCUCGGCUAUGUCAACGUCACCGACAGCACCAUCGGGAUUCAGUGGACACUUGUAAACCACUCCGCUGUUACGGGGUACCACAUUACGGUGCUGGCCGCCGGGGAGAGUUUGCCCAUCCUGGAGGAUUCGCUGAGUCCGUCCACCAAUUUUUAUACAGUUCGGGGGCUGGAGCCCGGUGUCGACUACCACAUCAGCGUUGUUGCGAGAACGGAGGAGAGCGAGAGCGAGCCAACAACGAUCACACAGCAGACACAAGCUGCCAUUCCGGCUCCAAGCAAUCUGAAUUUCGGCGAGGUCGGUCCAGACUCGAUGCGCCUCUCAUGGUCCAGCCCCUCAGUCCGUCCGUCAGAAAUCAGCCGGUUUGUGAUUCGCUAUCACCCAAGCAACAAUGAUGACAACAUACAGGAAGUAAAUGUGGGUGGAGCCACCAGCACCUACCUCCUCCAAAACCUGCUUCCCGUCACUGAGUAUGUGGUGAGCGUGUCAUGUGUGUAUGGUGAGCGAGAGAGCAGCCCGGUCACAGGCAGACAGACCACCACUCUUGACUCUCCCACUGGUCUCGUCUUCUCUGAUGUGUUCACCCACUCGUUCACGGCACGCUGGCAGGCCCCACGUGCUCAGAUCACAGGAUACCGGCUGGUGUACCAGGAGCCCACGGCUGGGCUCCAUCAGGAGGAGCGUCUGCCACCGAGCCGCACGCGUUACUCCCUGAACAACCUGCAGCCCAACACACUGUACACAGUGUACAUCUACGCCGUCAAUGGCCGCCAGCAGAGCAAACCUCUCACCGGCACACAGACUACCAUCUCAGAUGCUCCCACUGACUUGGAGGUGACGACAGCUACCCCAAACAGCAUUACCAUCUCCUGGGAUGCUCCUGCUAUUCCAGUUCGCUACUACAGGAUCAACCACAGACAGACUGGACAGCGCGGCUCUGACCAGGAGUUCACUGUGCCAGGUACAGAGUCAUCAGCCACUAUCAGCGGCCUGCAGCCAGACACUGAUUACACCAUCACCAUUUACACAGUGACCAGCAGAGGAGACAGUCCAGCGUCUGGAACACCAACCACCAUCACCCACCGCACCAGCAGCAAAGACCUCCCAGAUCCCUUCAAUAAAGGGACUGAGAUCCAGGACCAGGCCAUCUUGGUACGCUGGAGUCCUGCCAGAGGCCCAAUCAAAGGCUACAAAGUCACUGGGAACCCCAAAAACGGAGUGGGACCCACUUUCUCCAAGCAGGUGGGACCUGAUCAGACAGAAUUGAGAAUAACAGGCCUGGUGCCAACAGUGGAGUACGAAAUCAGCGUCUAUGCCAUCGGCCGUGAUGGAGAGAACGUACCAGUGUUAGAGAGAGCAACUGCACACAAGACACCGGACAGCCCCAAAGAUCUGACGUUCUCUGAUGUGGACAGCUCCUCAGUGCGCGUGACCUGGCAACCCCCACCUGGUCGUGUCACCUCGUACCGUGUCUUCUACUCAAGUCCAGAGACCGGAGAACGCGAGUGGACACCAGCUCCAAGCAGUAACGAUAAUGACGUGCUUCUCCAAAACCUGAAACCUGGAACCGAAUACAGCGUCAAAGUGAUCGCCAGGACCAACCUAGGCUCCGUCACAGAGUUGCAGGGAACACACACCACCACUGCAGCUGUCCCUGCCCCCACCAACAUCCAGUUCGGAGACGUGGGCCCCUCGUCCUUCGUGGUGCUCUGGAGGGCACCGGGCAUCAAGCUGAACGGAUACAAUGUCCGUGUGACACCAAAAAACAUCAUCGCACCGGCAAAAGAGCUGACCGUAGCUCCUGAUGCCAUGCAGGUCACCGUCACUGGACUUCUGGUGUCCACAGUGUACAGGGUGCAGGUGUAUGCGCUGCAGGGCUCAGCCAGGAGCCUACCGCUCAUCGGAGAGGUCACUACAACUGAAGACAUCAGCCCUCCCCGGCGCCCUCGCAUCAACGAAGUGAAAGACACGAGCAUUACACUUAGCUGGCGUGCCAAGGUCGAGCCAAUAACAGGCUUCCUGAUUGAGGCCAAGCCCGUCUCAGGAAACUAUCCAACCAUCAGGAAGGAGGUUCCAGCUGAACACCGCAGUGCUGUCAUUACAGGUCUUCAGCCUGGCACUACUUACGUCAUCCACAUCUACACAGUGAAUGGAGACAAACGCAGUGCACCUUUCACCAUCUCCGCCAGCACAAUUGGUUCGGCCCUCCAACCCCCUACUGACCUCCAGUUCCUGGCUCUAAAUCCAAACUCCAUCAGCUUCAGCUGGCAGCCGCCCACCAACCACAUCACAGGAUAUUACAUCACCUACGAGGAAGAAGGAGGCAACCCACGUGAGCUCACGCCACGCCCACACGCUGGCAUCAACUACGCUACCAUCACAGGUCUGAAACCAGCCACUGUGUACAUCAUUAAGAUCGUUGCUCUGCAGAACACACUGAGAAGUCCACCACUGGUGGGCAAGGCCACAACACAGGAAACGCUGGUGUUUCCGCUGCCUGUACCUUUGCACCCUAACCACCUUGGUCCCCUGGAUGUGCCCGAGACGGACAUCGUGGUGAACGUGGUGGGUCCGACAGUGCAGCCGGGACCAGGUGAGAACGGCCAGGGCAUACAGUACACCGAAGACGGCAACAAGCCCACUCUGCCUCACCGACUGAACCCCGGGACGGGCCAUACUUUCAUUUACGUGUCCGGCCCGGGGCCGGACGGCUUGCGAGUGCCCAAGGUGGUGCAGCUGAGCGACAGAAACGCUCACGGUUUCUUUUUUCCAGAAAAUAAGACGGGGACGCCUCAGGAGGCUCAGACUCAGACGUCCAUCAGCUGGCAACCCUUCAAGCAGAGCACAGGCUACAUUGUGACUUGCCAGCCAGUCACACAACGCAAUGAGAAGCUGUUCCAAUUGCAAAUUCCUGCCACCUCCACCAAGGCCACACUGUUCGGCCUCACGUCCGGUGCCUCAUACCGCGUCCUUGUUGAGGCACUGAAGGACGCACUCAAGUACAAAAUCCUUGAUGAGAUCAUCACCAUCGGUAACACAGAUCCAGCAGCAGUUCCAGCCAGCGAUGAUUCAUGCUACGACAGUUCAACCGCUACUUAUUACAACAUAGGGGAUGAGUGGGAGCGCACGUCUGAGACCGGCUUCAAGCUGUGGUGCAGGUGCCUGGGCCUGGGCAGCGGUCAUUUCCGAUGUGACUCCUCCAAGUGGUGCCAUGACAACGGCAACAACUACCGCAUUGGCGAGCAGUGGGAGAGACAAGCGGAAAACGGUCACAAGUUGAGUUGUACCUGCCUCGGCAACGGCAAGGGAGAGUUCAGGUGUGAGCCACACGAGUCGACGUGUUAUGAUGAAGGAAAGACGUACCAGGUGGGAAGCCAGUGGCAGAAGGAGUAUCUCGGUGCAAUCUGUACCUGCACCUGUUACGGAGGACAGCAGGGUUGGCGUUGUGAAAACUGCAAAAAGCCCGGAACUGAGAUCAGCACUCAGCAGGUACGCUACGGAGACGGCAUCGCCAAAGUGAAUAUCCACUGUCCAGUCGAGUGUCUCCGGCCGGAUAUUCUGGCCGACGCUGUGUCCAAUCCCAACCGGAGAGAGUGAAGGGAUUCGUGACUUUCACCUUCUCCCCAAAACCCCCUCCUGUUAACAUGGCUCUGAUCUGAGACCUCACAUCUGUGAGACUGUACUAAACCGCACAGUGCCUUACAGAUUUCCUACUGGUUACUACAAUCACCGCUGCUGCUUCCCAGCCAAUCAGCAAAGCCGACAUGAUGCCAUAGUGAUGCUAUAGCGAUUUUCACUGCUUUUAGUUGGUUGUGCUGUUCUUCAGGCGUUUUAUUGGCUUUUAUCCGUUCGUUUUUGUUUUUUAAAUAAAGAGGAUAAAACAUUUAGCUUGAAAACACAGAACAUUGCCAAACAAGUAAAUAAAUCUACCAACAUUAUUAAAAAAAACUUAACCAUGAAUCUAUUUUUAUAAUGCAGAAAAUAACAAAAAUCAAGCACUGAUUUGUGAGAAUGUUACAUGAGCUUUUAGCACACUGAGCUUUUUUAAUUCAUCCGUAUUUUUCCCGAUGGCGCGAGUUCGCUCAGAGCCAGCACUGUUUUUUAGAUUGACACAUGAUUUUGCUGAUCUGUCCUGAUUUGUCGAAUUCUUUGUGAUUUAUUUAUCUAUUUGGCCCCACAAGUGUUUUCAUUAAAUGCAGUUAAGAACGAAAUUGUACUGUUGGUGCCAAAAUCGUCACUACUGUCAAUUCCUGUUUUUAAUAAAGUUUUACAAAGAA